AUGUGCUCUGGUCACCAUGGUUACCCGCAAGCUCUCAAGUUGAUACGUCCGCAUCUUUCCUCCCGCCCACAGGCGAGGACUGUGCUACGGAUGAGCUCUAGGAAAGCUGUGACUGGCACACAGCCAUCGAGCUACACGCACACAACACUAUACAACAAUCUACGCACACGUGUCAGUGCACGCGUGUACUCGACAGAACCACUAGCGGCGGAAACGAAGGAUGCCAGUGACGACAAUAAUAAGAACAACUCCAAGCACAAGGCUACAGCUAAGGGCACCAACAACGGGAAAGCAACUCCGUUGCUCAAUGCUCUGGAUGGCUUCAACAUGAAGAACCUCCUCAACGAAGACUAUCUAUCACCUCGGGCGGCCGAUGACGUCCGCGAUGUCAAGCAGCGUAGAGACUAUGAUCCCAAUAGUGAACCUUAUGAGUUGGAGUGUAAAGUGGACACGCGGAAAGGAACGGUUUUCGUCUCAGGGCUCGAGAAGACCACAGAGCGGGUGGUGGCGAGUAUCUUCCCACCGGAGAAGCAAGCAGACGGGACUAUGCAGGUGACCAACGAAUCCAUCCGCAAGGAGAUGCAGUACUGGCUGCCUGAGGUGUAUCAGGGAGACCCCACCACACCUUCACUACGCCCCACAAAGCUCAGAGACCAUUACGAGCCCACGUACGUAGAAGCAGCGUACAACCUGCCAGACGAAUAUUACGCCGACUCAGAUGACGAGAGCCGAGACGACAGACACCCCGAGGACACUAACCCGAAGAACACAGUGAAGAUAGAGAAUGGGCGUCCAGUGUCGCAGGCGUACUUCACGGGAUAUGCCGAGUUCUACGAUGAGUACUACAAACUCGAGGAGAUCCUCAUCCGCAUGGGCCAGAAGAAAUACCCCAUCUCCCCACCCCCACCACAACUGUUGGCGGUGAACGCGCCGUUUCUGACCCAAAAAAUGAUGGAGGCGCUAAUCGGUGCGGAAUUGCGAGCCAUUCACUACCGCCGCAUGAUUGAUGUCCUCAACACCAUCAUCAAGGACUCUCGUUACCCGUACGUACUCGAUCUACUGAUGCCGUACCUCAAGCCAGGAGCACUCGACGACAAGAAGGUCAAACCAAAGGUCUUGGAUGAGAAGGGUCGAAUGUACGCCACUGGGAAGCGUAAGGCGUCUACUGCGCGCGUGUGGAUCUCCAGAGGCAACGGCAAAAUGAAGGUCAACGGCCAACCCGCGUCCAUCUACUUCAAGAGGGAUUCGGAGCGGUACAUGCUGGUGCAUCCAUUCCUGGCUGUGCAACAGGUGGGCAACUUCGAUGUCAUGGCAACCGUCACUGGUGGCGGAACUACAGGACAAGCCGGGGCCAUCCGUCACGGUAUCACUCGUGCGUUGUACUAUCUCAAUCCCCGCUUCAAGGGUACCCUGCGAGCAGAGAAAGUACGUGAAAAAACUAAGCUCUCGCGAGAGAUCAACUUGGUUACGCGCGAUCCGCGCGUCGUGGAAAGGAAGAAAUCCGGACAGAAAAAGGCCCGAAAAAAGUUUGCUUGGGUCAAGCGUUAAGCUACUGUGCAUAUCUGUGGGUGGCUGUCUAUCUCUGUAUGCCGCUGGGGUGGGUAUAUCGUCCCGCUACUGUCAUACUGUCUGUCACUCUGGAGGAGAAUCCUGCUACGCACACAUACAGCCGAACCCUCUUGUAUAGAAUUUGCCAUAGCAAGACCGCUACUGCGGGGGUACUUGCUGUAGUUAGUUGGUGAUGGGUAGAUAUAGUGGAGGUAUAUACAUAUAUAUAUUUAUAUCGAGACAUUCCACCUCAUAGUCGGACGCUGUAGUGUAGGUGUAUGUAGAGUGGGUGGGUAUAUAAAGAGUGUUUAUAACCAGGUGCCGUAAGGGUUGGGGCAAACAAAGUGGGGCUGUAUUCGCGUGGAGCUUACAGUGCCGCGAUGAGUGCUGCGCUGGGUAUCUCACAAGCAAAGUAAAAAGGCUUAAUCUCGA